AUGGCUACUGAAUAUAAGCCCGCAGAGGGGUUUCUUGGAAACCUCAGCGCGGAGCAAGAAGUGAAGCUGCGUGAGCUGUGGCGCACCGUUUUCAAGCUCUAUGACUUAUACGAGACAAAUGAUCCCGAGCUGAUGGCUGCCAUCAAGGCCGCUGGAGAAAAGACAGACACGGCCAGCAAAUCGAGAUUUGGCCUGUUUCGUGGCGGUGAAUCCCAAAGCAAAGCCGAAGCUACCAAUAUUGUCGAGAAGUACUUGAACCUUGCUUCGACGGAUGACGCCAGCAAUAUGGCCAAUCGCAAGAAAUUCAUUGAGAUGCUUGCUAUUUACGACACAAAGACAAUCAAGUCAAUGAUUGUGGAGGCCGUUAAGGCCGAUCACCCGGACGCUCUCGUCCUUCGCUUUCUCCGUGCUAGAAAGUGGAAUGUCGAUGCUGCCCUCAUGAUGAUGGUGUUUGCUAUGGACUGGCGCUACCACGAGGCCAAGCUGGACUCGGAAAUCAUGUUCAAUGGCGACGCAAAGAUGGUCAAGUACGAGAAUAGUACUGACAAGGACAAGAACGCUAUGGGAGUCGACUUUAUGAAGCAGCUGCGCGGAGGUAAGGGCUAUCUGCACGGCGUUGACCGAAUGGGCCGACCCAUCUCGUGUGUUCGCGUCAAGAAGCACAAGCCUUUUGACCAGUCAAAUGAGAGCUUGGAGCGAUUCAUUGUCUAUCUGAUUGAGACGGGCCGUUUCACAUUGCAGCCUCCCGUCGAGACUUGCUGCCUAAUUUUUGACUUGUCUGGCUUUACCCUUGCCAACAUGGACUAUGUUCCUCUUAAGUUCAUUAUUAAGUGCUUUGAAGCCAACUACCCAGAAUCACUCGGUGUCGUUCUGGUUCACAAUGCUCCAUGGGUAUUCAAGAGUAUUUGGGGCGCUAUCAGAGGUCUUUUGGACCCUGUUGUUGCUGGCAAAGUCCACUUCACAUACGGCCGCGAAGGCCUUGAAGAGUUCAUUGACCCCAGCCAGAUCAUCAAAGAGCUAGGCGGUGAUGAAGACUGGGAGUUUGAAUACACUGAGCCUAUUAAGGGAGAGAAUAAGAGAAUGAAGGACACAGCUGCCAAGGAUGUCAUUCAGAAGGAGCGUGAUGAACUCGCAGACCAAUUUGAAGCUGUCACAAGAAAGUGGAUGGAUACCCCAGAUGGCCCCGAGGCAGAUGAGAUGAAGAAGGAGAGAGAUCGCCUGGCCAUUCUCGCAAGAGAAAACUACUGGAAACUGGACCCCUAUGUUCGUGCGCGAUCCAUGUAUGACCGCCAAGGCAUCAUUCAGGAAGGGGGUAAGGUGAACUGGUAUCAGAAGGCGAAAUAAACGGUCUAGCUAUCAAGAGGAGUUUUUGCUUUAAUUGUUUACGUAUUUUUAAUUGAUUAUUGCUUCAUCCUUUAGACGAUUAUGGGGUAAUCCAACGGAAGAAAUGCCUACUACUAAGUAAGGAUGGAAGACCAGGUAGCCCCGACGGCUGGGCGAGGCUGGGAGGACUCUCUGGCUAUUGGCUGAGCCGUACCAGGCGAGCUUUCGAAGCUGGGUAGCAAGUGCAGAGUGGUUAUACGCGUUAACCAGCCUUCUUUCUGUACGCAGGGGGUUGGGGCAGUCCUAGUCUCGAUACGGUACAGACGCUGGUAAGAACGGCGUGUAAAGCGUGCAAGCGGCACAUUCUGUCGGUGCUGCAGGUCAGGUGGUAGCGUCGCAAUUUGAACAGAAGCGACGGAGAAAGACCGUUGGAAUGUUACGCUCACUACCCUUAGCUCACGACGGAUGUUGCGUGUGUGCUGCUGUCGCCUGUCGACCACUGUUCAGCCUAGCGCAUAGGUUUGGGGUAGCUUUUGAAAAAGUGCUCGUCCGGGAUUGCUGUUAUGCGUGACCAUGAAGAGUUUUCACACGGUUAAGAUCCUUCGCUAUGACGCUGGCUGCACGACUAACGGCGACGCACUAAGAUCAACUGCAGCUGGCGCAGAAUUAGCCCGACAAAGCCGGGUGGCUGAAGAGGGCGGAGAACAAGGGCGGCCGUCACGGUGAUGUGACAUCACAACCACGGAGUAAGCAAACGAACUCUUCGGUUGGAGCUUGGUUCGCUGGGCAUGGAUCGAUCUGCACGUGGUGGAUUAAGACAUAGAAAGACGAUAUAAGAGCUGUGGUGUG